AUGUUCUCUUUGGAGUUUCUUUCCGCCAUUUUUUCUCAGUCGGUUCCUUUUCCGUUAUUUUUUUUUUUUUUUUUUGUCGCCUUCAUUCAUAAUUCGUUUUUUCAUUCUGGUUUCUUUUCUAUCUUUUCCCUUAGUUGUCCUUCCUUGGUUCAUUUUGUUCUUUUCUCCUUCUUUUUCUUAAUUCUUCCGCUGUUAAUCUUAUUCGUUCUUUAUUCUUCUCUUUUUUUUCUUUCUUCCUUUUUUUUCUUUUUUCUCUUUCUUUCUUCUUUCUUUUUUCUUUAUUUCCUUUCUUCUUCUUUUUCUUUUGUUCCUGUUUUCCUUCUUUCCUUUCUUUCUUUUUCUCUUUCUUUUUUAUUUCUUUCAUUUUUCUUUAUUUCCUUUCUUUCUUUUUCUCUUUCUUUUAUUUCUUUCUUUUUCCUUUCUUAUUUUCUUUUUCUUUCUUUCUUUCCUUUCCUUGUUCCCUUCCUUUCUUUCUUUCUUUCUUUCCUUUCUCUCUUUCUUUCCUUUCUUUCUUUACUUCCUCUCUUUCUUCUUUUCUCUUUCUUUUCUUCCUGCUUUCCUUCUUUCUUUACUUUUUUUUUCUUUCUUUUAUCACUGUCUGUCUUUCUCUCACACUCUUUUGUCAUUUUCUUUUUCCUUCUAUUUCCCUUCCUCGCUUUUUUUUGUCUGCCUUCUAGAUUUUCCCUCUCUCAUCUACUUCUUUCUUUCUUUCUUUCUUUCUUUCAUAUUCUCGUCUUUCUUUUCUUUCUGGCUUUCCUUUCUUUCUUUUUCUCUUUCUUUUCUUUUUCUUUUCUUUCUUUUUCUUUAUUUCCUUUCUUUAUUUUCUUUUUCUUUCUUCCCCUUCUCCUUCUAUCUUUCUUUCCGGAUUUCCUUCUUUCUUCCGUUUAUUUCUUCCUCCUUUCUUUUUUUUUCUUUCUUUACUUUCUUCUUUUCUUUUUCGUUCUUUCCCGCUUUCCUUCUUCCCUUCCUUUCUUUCUUUCUUUCUUUCUUUCUUUUCUUUUCUUUCUUUCUUUCUUUACUUUCUCUCUUUCUUCUUUUAUCUUUCUUUCCUUCCUGCUUUCCUUCUUUCUUUGCUUUUUUUUUUCUUUCUUUAUCUCUGUCCGUCUUUCUCUCACACUCUUCUAUUUUCCCUCUCUCAUCUACUUCUUUCUUUUCUUUCUUUCUUUCUUUUUCUUAUUCUCGUCUUUUCUUUUUCUUCUUUCUUUCUUUCCUUUCUUUUUCCUUUCUUUCUUUUUUUUUUCUUUUUUUUUCUUUAUUUCCUUUCUUAUUUUCUUUUCUUUCUUUCCCCUUCUCCUUCUAUCUUUCUUUCCGGAUUUCCUUCUUUCUUCAGUUUAUUUCUUCCUCCUUUCUUUUUUUUCUUUCUUUACUUUCUUCUUUUCUUUUUUCUUUCUUUCUCGCUUUCCUUCUUCCCUUCCUUUCUUUCUUUCUUUCUUUAUUUCCUUUCUUUCUUUCUUUACUUUCCCUCUUUCUUCUUUUCUCUUUCUUUCCUUCCUGCUUUCCUUCUUUCUUUACUUUUUUUCUUUCUUUAUCACUGUCUGUCUUUCUCUCACACUCUUUUGUCAUUUUCUUUUUCCUUCUAUUUCCCUUCCUCGCUUUUUUUGUCUGCCUUCUAGAUUUUCCCUCUCUCAUCUACUUCUUUCUUUCUUUCUUUCUUUCUUAUUCUCGUCUUUCUUUCCUUUCUUUCUUUCCUUUCUUUCUUUUUCUCUUUCUUUCUUUUCUUUCUUUCUUUUUUCUUUAUUUCCUUUCUUAUUUUCUUUUUCUUUCUUUCCCGCUUCUCCUUCUAUCUUUCUUUCCGGAUUUCCUUCUUUCUUCGGUUUAUUUCUUCCUCCUUUCUUUUUUUUUCUUUCUUUACUUUCUUCUUUUCUUUUUUUUCUUUCCCGCUUUCCUUCUUCCCGCCAUUUCUUUUCUUUCUUUCUUUUUUCUUUACUUUCUUUCUCUUUCUUUUCUCUUUCUUUUCCUUCCUCCUUUCCUUCUUUUCUUUUUUUUUUUGUUUCUUUAUCUCUAUUUUCCCUCUCUCAUCUACUUCUUUCUUUCUUUCUUUUUUUCUUAUUCUCUUCUUUCUUUUCUUUCUUUUCUUUCUUUCUUUCUAAUUUUCUUUAUCUCUGCCUUUCUCUCGUUCAUUCUUUUGUUAUUCUUUUUUUUUCUCCUUCCUUCUUUAUUCUGUCACUUCUUUUAGAUUUUUCUACACUCUUCUCCAAUUUCUUUCUUUCUUAUUUUAGUAGCGUUUUCUUCUUUCUUCAUUUGUCCCUUCCUUCUUACACACUAUUGUCUCUCUCUCUCUCUCUCUCUCUCUCUCUCUCUCUCUCUCUCUGUCCCAUACUUUUCUUCUGUCGGUUGCUUUUAUUCUUGCUUCUUUUUUCUUUGUCUGCCUCUGGUUUUUUUCUUCUUAUUUUUUCCUUCAUUCUCGUUAUUCUUUUUCUCGCUUUCAUAUCUUUCUACUUUCUCUUCCUUUUGUUCUUUAUUCUUUCUCUCUCUCUCUCUCCCUCUCUAUGUCUAUCUAUCUAUCUAUCUAUCUAUCUAUCUUCACUGUCUGCUUUCCGUCGUUUUCUGCUUACUUCUAAUUUUCUUAACUUUUUCUUUCUCUUUAUUCUUCAUUUCUUUCCUCCUUUCUUUAUAUUAUUUUCCUUUCUUCCAUAUCUGUUUUAUUGA